AUGGCUCUCUACAAAGUGAUCUGUGUGGCAGCUCUGCUGACUCUACUGGCAGCAGAGUCUCACUCACAACUUAAUGUGUGCGGUCGGCCUCCUCGCAACACCAGGAUCGUUGGAGGACAGGCGGCCCCUGCAGGCAGCUGGCCCUGGCAGGUCAGUCUGCAAAGAUCUGCGGGUCACUUCUGUGGAGGAUCCCUCAUUAACAAAGAAUGGGUGCUGUCGGCUGCUCAUUGCUUUACUAGCACGAGCACAAGCAACUUGUUUGUUAUCCUCGGACUGGAGCGUCUUCAGGGGUCCAACAAAAAUUCAUUGUCUCGAAAAGUCUCCCAGAUCAUCAAUCAUCCUGACUACAACAGUGCCACAAAUGACAACGACAUCUCCCUCUUGAAGCUCUCCUCCUCGGUUGAGUUCAAUGACUUCAUCAUGCCAGUGUGCCUGGCAGCACCAGGCAGCACCUUCUUCAGUGGUGUGACCUCUUGGGUCACUGGCUGGGGCCGCAUCGGAUCUGGAGUACCACUUCCUGCCCCACAAAACCUAAUGGAAGUGGACGUGCCCGUUGUUGGGAACAGACAGUGUAACUGUGAAUAUGGAGUGGGCGACAUCACAGAGAACAUGAUCUGCGCUGGGUUACGUGCUGGAGGGAAGGACUCCUGUCAGGGGGACUCAGGUGGUCCGAUGGUGUCAAAGACAGGAAGUCUCUGGGUCCAGGCUGGAGUUGUGAGCUUUGGAAGAGGUUGUGCACUGCCUAAUUUCCCAGGAGUCUACGCCAGAGUGUCCCAGUAUCAGUCCUGGAUCAACAGCCAAAUCACUAGCGACCAACCGGGCUUCGUCACGUUCACGUCCACUGGGACUGACAGUGACCUCAGUGCGAAUUGUUCCGGCCUGCCACCUCUAACAACCACCCUGCCUCCAAAAACCACUCCAACAACCACCCUGCCUCCAACAACCACUCCAACAACCACCCUGCCUCCUGUGGUCUGUGGUACUGCCCCAUUGAAUUCACGUAUUUUGGGGGCUAGGUUGAUGGGGGCUAGCUCGGUGGAGACUGCUGGCGUGUGGCCAUGGAUGGCGAGCCUCCAGAAGAAUGGAAGUCAUAUGUGCGGCGGGACUCUGGUGUCUGUGGACUCAGUGCUGAGCGAUGCCAACUGCUUCUCAAGUUCACCAGUGGCGUCUGAAUGGACUGUGGUCUUGGGUCGUUUGAAACAGAAUGGAUCCAACCCCUUUGAGGUGACACUGAACGUGACAAAUAUCACCCUAAGCAACCUAAUUGGGUCUAAUGUAGCAGUGCUGCGUCUGUCAACUCAGCCCACUCUGUCCAACUACAUCCAGCCCAUCUGCCUGGACACAGAAAAGACCUUCCCUGUGGGCUCCACAUGUUGGGCUGCUGGCUGGAGCUCUGGACGAGGAGGGGUGGAACAAGUUCUGCAGGAGAUUCAGACCUCAGUGGUAGAUUGUGGGAACACAUCAACGAGGGGCAGGAUUUGUACAGAACCCUUUACACUGGAGCAGGGUGACAAUGGGGGUCCAAAGAUGUGUAAGAUAAACGGCUCUUGGUUCCAGGCAGCCGUGUUGUCAGUCAACAGCAACACCAACACCACCACCAACACCACCACCAACACCAACAGCACUUCCAGAACCUCCGCCACUGAAACUCGGGCAGAUUUGGUGAUGGUCUUCAUCUUACUGAGGAACUAUCGGCCCUUCCUGAAACUGACCAUCGUAACGUUCUUAUCUCCAGCCUCCUCCUCCAGUAACAGCAACACAACCCCCAACCAGACCCCCAGCCAGACCCCCAACCAGACCCCCAGCCAGACCCCCAGCCAGACCCCCAACCAGACCCCCAGCCAGACCCCCAACCAGACCCCCAGCCAGAUCCCCAGCCAGACCACCAGCGGGGGGCCACCUGCUCACCCCUUCUUCUUCUUCUUCUUCCAGCUCCUUGUCUUCUCCGUUUUUCUCCACCUAACUGUCUAG